AUGCUCAACGUUUUUCCGCGUGGUCCGCGUUUAGCUCUGCGCUUCCGACGAGGACUCAGCAGCCGUACAACUUCCCUCGUCUGCGCCUCGUGUCGGAACAAAAUGAUAAAGCCUUUCGCUACGGUGGCGUAUCCGCAGGCUGCAAGAAAGGUCGGUUUUCAAGAACAAAGCAGGAGCGCAUCUUCUUCGUCUUCCGCUUCAAGUGCUGCUGGAACUUGUAGGUUGUUCCCACCACCAUCUUCUUCUGAAGAUCCAUCAAAACAUCAAAAACCAAAAACCAUUGCCGAUCUUGUUGCCAUCGCCAAGGCGAGACGGAAUAAGGAAAGCAGCGACCAAGUUGCAGAACUGUCUCCCUUCGAGGAAGUUGUGACUGCGCCGCAGAAGAAAACAAAGACCACUUCUGGGUCGGUAGAAACAGCAGCAACUACUACUACGUCUCCCGUCGAGCCAGUAGCUUCCCCGUCGAAUAUCACCAGUUCCACGCAAGAGGGCGACGCAGGUCGAGCUGCGUCAGAACAGGCACCUGCCAAGCCAACGACCCGUCGUCGCGCCGGCGUCGCUUGUUUGCUACGGAGAGGGAAAGAAGAACAUCAAGAUCAUGCUGGACAAGCCCGCAGUACCGAAGCUAGUGAAACAGAAACAGGUACAACAGUAUCCACAGUAAAUUUCUUGUACACGUACAGAUGCGGUCUCUGCAUGACAAAACUUGGCUUCGACCGUAGUUUAGCAUGACAAGUUUUACACUCCAAAUUGGUGAAAUUUGUGAUGCAUGUUGUACAUGUACGGGAAAUUUGUAUUGCAUAAACAGCAUUAUCAAGAAACUACGAGGUCUUUCUUAUACUCCGACAACAGUUGAGAAACGACCCGUGGUCCGGGCAGGUCGCCUUUCCCGGCGGCAAGUCGGAGAAGGAUGAAAGUUUGCUUAACCUGUGCAAAAGCAUCGUACUCGUAGCAAUUCCAAUUGCAUUUAUGCAUUACAUACAAAUCAAAAUCUCUUUCUUAAGCUGUAUCCGCAUGACAAAUUCCAUUUGGCAUGCUGAGCUAAUUUGUAAUGCAAUACUACGAGUGCAAUACUAUACUUUUGCAAUUCAUAUUGCUGGAAACCUGCCUUCGCGAAGUGAAAGAAGAAGUGGGCAUCGACUUGGAAAAAAACAAAUCCGCCCACUUCGUCUGCGCUUUAGAUCCUAUUUCCGUCGCGAAAUCCCUCGACGUGUGGUGUCUCGUGUUUGAGAUCGCGGAAGAGGAAAAUCAUGACAAAAAAACACAGAAGAUGAGCAAGAAAAUCAAACUGCAGCAGUCCGAAGUCCAGGCGGCCGGGUGGUUCGACUUGAUCAAAAACGGAAAGCCCGCAACCCUCCGCACCGACCUCCGCGAGCACAAAACCUUCACGAAACUUGCGGAAUCCAGCUACGGGUUUGUCUCCCCCGAGUUGCUGCAUAGAGUAACGUAUCCUGUGCAAAAGUAUUGUACUCGUAUUGUAAUCAUGCAUUACAAAUUUUCUUCUCGAUGUAAAUCCGCAUUACAAAUUUAAUUUCUCAUGCUGAGGGAAUUUGUAAUGCUUUUAUACGAGUGCGAUACUUUCGCACAGGAUAUAAUUGAGUUAUUCGGCCUUCACGAAGCGGCGUUCUCCGGCCAAGUCUGCUUACCGACGGAACUGUAUGCGAUAGAGCGAUCGGGGUCGAAAGCGAAAACGGAGACGGCAGAUUUUGCGACAGUGGAAGAGGAAUUCAAGUUAAGUUGGAAAACGCAAGAAUACCCGGUGAACGUCUCCGGCUGGAACCCGGGGAAGGUCAAGGGAAUGCUGCGAAACGCGAUCAAGAAUUUAACGAAUUUCACCGCUGUCACGGGAGUUUGCGGAGACAGGGAUUUGAUCCAACUGCAGCUUUUGGAGAAAAAUCCGUUUUUAUUGUGGGGUUUGACGCAACAACUGCUCGACAUGGUGAUAAGUAGGACGAACUUACCGAAACCAAUGAAGCCGGAGACGAAAUUUUUCGGAAAAAAAUACGCGAAACGGUUCGGCAGUUCCUACCACGAUAUUCUCUUCGGACUGACCAUGCAGAAACACCUGCAGAAAGACCGACACUGGCUGGACUUGUGGCAAAGGUACUUUCAGUUUCACGUCGCGGUUCUGUGUUGUGGAGCGGUGGGGGUCGGCGGUGUGGGGUUGGGCGUAUUUUGGAAGUGGUAUUUUGGUGGAUCUGGGAAGACGAGAAGUAGACCUGGAACUGAAACUGAUUUAGCGCCACCGGAGGCCAGACUGUAGGGAGGAACUCAGUGUCAGUUGUACUUCAAAUUGAUUUAACGCACUGCACAGUUCUAUCGAAAUACUUAAAU